AGCAAUGCGUGUUUAGAAAGUUAAACGCAAAGUUUAUUUAAGAGAGAGCGUUGAGAGCAUAUUUUUGCCAUUUAAAACUUCAAGAGAGAUCUAAGCCCAUGUUCUGGCUUUGGUCUUCCAGCCAAUGAGGCGAACGCAUCAUGCAAACUUCGUUUCGCCAUUAAUUGCAUGCGUUACUGAUUCCCCAAAGAACCUUUUAUCAAAUAACUAAGACUUUUCCCUUAGUGUUUCUCGGAAUCGCCUGACAUAAACUCGCAAUCUUGAGAUAAAGUGCGGGAUAUGGACUCUUAGGCGCGGUUUCCUCGGCAGGAUUUACAUUAAGCCAAGAGGAAAGAGAGCCUUUGGGUUACGAGAGUGAUUGUCAGACCUUCAGACACUUAAUCGAGGCUUUAGAAACGGCUCAGUGAAACACAAUUAAGGAAAACUAACUUUCCAGAAAGCAGGUUUUGUGACAUACAAUUAUACUAAUAAUUGAAGAAGUAUGAGGAAAACUGCUUUCUGUAUUGCCCAGGUAAUACACUAAAAAUGAAUCUUUAGUACUUUUUACUGUAGUUCUUUAGUACUGUGCUAUUUCGAGACGCCAUGAAUAUGAACUAAAAUGCUCUUUUAAUAUGCUGCUUGAGUGUACUAUUGUACGAAAGGUGGUUUCAAGUGUGCUACAAGUGGUAAAAAACAAAUGUAGUGUGUUGAAUUUUUAGUCCAUAUUGAUGGUAUCUAAAAAUAGCACAGUCCAGUAGACUUAGAAGAUCUUUAUCUAAUUUGAAUGGCAGGUCAAAUAAGUGCUUCGCAUAAUCUGAUGUAGCUGUGUUUAAAAUCAAAUGGGAAAUUAAGUUUUGGGCGUCCCUCCAAAGGAGAACUGGACCCAAAUGACUCCGGUUUCUCCCAAGGGUUUUGUUCUCCAUUCUGUAUGGAUGGGGUUUUGGUUCCUUGCCGCUGUCGCCUCUGAUUUGCUUAGUUGGGGACACUUAACUUCUAGCGAUUAUCGUCUGCAUUUAACAACAAAUUAAGUUCUUAAUCUUAUCAUCAUACACAACUAUGACUCUAUUCUCCCGUUUGAUGCUGUUCAGUGCUUCGAUACAGUCUUUGUUGUUAAAAGCUGUACAUAAAUAAAACGUGACCGAUGUGGCCUCACUUAUGACUUUACACAAGCAGCAGGAAUGAAUUCGAAAUUUUCCACAUUGGCAAUCCUGGGUUUGGCUCGUAAACCAGAAGCGCUCUCAGUGGUUUGAAGAAUAUCAGCUCCUUCGACAUCGGAGAUCUUCCUAUGGAGCUGCGAGGAGAACGAGCUUCGAGAGAAUCUCUCUUCUGAACGGGUGGUGUUUUGAGGUCGCAGCAGGACGGAACAGGGAAGCAACAGCUGCGGCUGCUUUCAGUGGUGCUGGGAAUAAUGUGCCGCCGAUUAUCUUCGAGGGAAUGAGGCGAGGAGAAUGGCUUUGUGGCUCGGUGAGGGUUUCAGACAUUCAGAAUUCCUCCAGUUUACGAGAAACCACAAUGCGGAGGGCGUGCUGCCCAUGCACUCCAGCCAGCAGACAAAGCCUUCUUCAAAGAGUCUCGAGUAUCACUGGGGUGAAGCUGUGAAAUGGAAAAGAAAAUGGAGCCACCUAUCUGCUGGCGUGAGAUUGCCUGAGCGAUUAAACUACAGAUGCCUUUCCAUCCCUGUUCGACAGAGGAAGAUGAAGAAAGCCAGGGCCAAACUUCAAACGUACAACAUCGCCAACGGGCGACAUCUUGCUUAUGCAAAAAAUGAUAGAGUCUCAUCAGCGAGAUGUGAAAGGCUUCCAGGCUGCGAACAAACCUACGGAGAUCAGAAAUGAAUAUUCUUCAGGCUGAAGAUGUCCAACUGCACCCUCCAAAUCUCUUCCACAGUCGAGGAACUGCAAAAAAUCACGUCCAUUCCCACCUUCAUUUUCGGGGUCCUGGGGAACAUUUACGUCUUGGUGAUGUUCUGCCGCCGUCCUAGAGCAAAAUGGACCUACAUGAACGUCUACAUCACCAACAUGUCCAUCUCCGACUGCGCUCUGUUGAUGUUCCUGCCCGUUAAGAUCCAUUACUACAGCAGGAAGUUAGAAGAGAACUUGAAGGCGCUGUGUAAUUUUGUUUUGUGGCUCAUUUACGUCAACAUGUACGUGAGCAUCUUCACCAUCAUGGCCAUAAGCGUGGUGCGGUACGUGGCCAUCAAGUACCCCAUGAAGGCCAGGGUUAUGUUCUCUUGCAAGAGCGCUCUGGUGGCUUGCGCGCUCAUAUGGCUCACCAUUUUCUGCGUCAGCCCGGUUUACUUCGUGAAAGACUCCAAUAACGACAAGACCAUGUGCUUCCAGAGGGUCAAGGGGGCGUUGUCGUUGGAUUUCGUUUUAUUGUUGGUCAUCGUCGGCUUCCUUGUGCCGUUCCUCAUCAUGCUGUUUUGCUCCGUUACAGUCGUUUGCACUUUAAGGAAACAGCUGGACGUCGGAUCGCGUUCGGAGAAGAUCCAAUGCAUGUUCAUCAUCGUGGCUAAUUUAGUUGUUUUCACCGUGUGCUUUCUCCCCAUCCACACGGGUUACCUCAUUAAACACCUCGUGCAGAACAAGUACGAAAACACAGAAGACGUCGAAAGCUGCAACUAUAAACUGUUCGCGCACAACUUCCUGCACAUUGCUCUUUGCAUUUCCAAUAUGAACUGCGGCUUGGACUGUUUUAGCUAUUUUUUCGCAACCAAAACGUCCUGGAAUAUGGGCUGCAUGAAGGACGCUAAAGGUAAAGAAGGCGAUUACAACGCUGUUUUGGACGCGCCUGGUACGCCUACGUAAUUGUUUUGACUGGCUUUUGUUUUAACAUUUGCAUCUUUCGUGCAUGUUCUAUACACUCUGUUCUCAUAUAUAAGGGUUGCAUUAUUAAACAAGGCUCUCCGUUAUCAACAAUACACAAUGCUAAAUACGAAUGUAUCUUAAUCUGUAAAAUAACGGGCUGGUAAUAAACGCUUAUAUUUGUACUCUGAA